AUGGCUGCCAUUCUCUGUGAAAAUUGUUCUGGUCAGUACCACUACACCCACGUCAACCAACCUCUUGAAAUCAGCCGCAUGUUGCUCCUGAUUAUGCUCGGAAAAGUGUUCCUUGAUUUCUUCAUGUUGCAAGUUAAGCAAAAAAAUGUGAAAGUUAGUUUUAUGGGAAACUUUUGUGUUUCACUGGCACUUCUCGAUUUCACACUGCUGAUGAGUUUAUUUUUCAUUUUCUAUUUUGAGGACUUUGCACUCUGGGGUGUGCGAUUUACAAAGUACCAUAUUUGCUUAUUCACUCAGAUAAUUUCUCUCACCUAUGGUAUUUUGCAUUACCCGGUGUAUCUUGUGGCUGGUCUGGAUUAUUACAUGACUAUAGCCCAAACCUCUCAAUUUCCUAAAAGAGGUCAAAGAUUACUUUACGUAUUUGCUGUGGUUGUUAUAUGGAUGUCAGGGUUUUUUUGUAUUCUGAAAGUUCCUGCUGUCUAUGAAGAACUAGAAAUUCAGAACCGUUUUCCUCCUUAUCAGUGUCCUCUCUAUGCCAGCGUGCAGAGCUACUCAGUCUCCUGUGCCAUGGUGCUGCUCAUCGGCACGGCUCUCAUGACUUGUCGGAAGGAAGUUCUAACCACGCUGCUGUCUGUCAGGGUCAUUUCCUUUGCCAGUCAGCCUGUUCUGAUGUUCUCCUAUGUGUCUAACAACAACAGCACUUGCUUUAAGUGGCAGCUCCUGACCAGACUCCUCAUCUGUUUUCUUGGCACUUGGGCACCUUUUGUUCUUCUUCAAAUUAUCAUUUUGUUUCUCGGUGCUCGGAUUCCAGCCUACAUGGAGAUGAACGUCCCCUGGCUGUACUUCAUCAACAGCUUUCUCAUCGCCAUAGCAUACUGGUGUCGAUGUCACGAUGUUGAAUUGACAGAGGAGAUGUGGUCUACAGAUCCGUUUGUCAGCUGGAAAUUCUGCUUUAUGCCAUUUAACAAUGAAAACACAGAGCCAGCUGAUAAGACAGGCACAGUAAUUGUAAUCUGUUAA